AUGGGUCGACAGAACAGUAUACAGGAUACUACCAAUAUAUGUAUCUGUUUGCGUUUGCCCAAAUAUCAACAAGUAACCGAUAGCUUUUUAUUGCACGCGCAAGUGCGAAUAGAGGGAAAGCAAAGUGCAGUUGUAUCCAUAAGGUUACAAGACAAGAGUUACCAAGUAUCAUUUUCUUCUCAUAUUCAUUCAACAACAGAUAAUUUGAUUACUAGUACUACCUCUAACGCCAUGAAAUUCACAUCUCUCGUCGGAAUCUUUGCUAUGCUUGUACCUACAAGCAGCGCUUCAGCCUUUGUUACUGGUGACUACUGUUGCACCCAGGGCGUCAACACAGAUCCCAGUACUGGAAGAGCGGCGUACUGUUGCCAGAGUGAUUUCAGCCCAAACAUUGGCUCUGGCUGCGACCAUAACCACAAUUACCCGAUUGGCCGCCAAAAGGUUGCCUUGUCAAGUGCCAAGUGCGGCCCUGAUGGAAUUGGAUACGUGGGUGAACAGCAUUGAAGAUUGGAGAUUGGAGGAUUGGGGUGUUUACGACGCGGUUUAGGGAUGCCCUGCGGAU